AUGCCUGUCCACCCAUCUGAAGAAGAAGCGCCUUCGGGCAUAUUCGAGAAAAUCGCGAAGGAUCCGUCCUCGGCAUCGGAGUCAACAGCCAGCGAUCACGAGCAUCAUGAGAACGAGCACACUCCAGGCAAAGCGUCCGCUCAAGAUCAUCAAUCCAAAGGUCCUGCGAUCCCCAUGAACAUGAGCGACAUGCCACCAAAGGCUAGCAAGGAGGAGUUGAAGGCUCGUUCCGAGGAGCUCAACCCGUAA